UUGUUUUAGUUAUUCAUCAGCUGAAAGCUAUACAUUUAAUGCGCAUUCUUGAAACAUAAAAUGCAGCGAUUUACUAAUGGUUUUGUUCUUUUAGCCGAUGCUGUUGAUGUGGUUUGUGGAUCAAUUUAUAUUUAUACUCUUAAGGUAUGCUAUGUAUCUAGGAUCCGACAAACUUAAACCGGGAUUAUGAUCCGAUUUUCAGUCAAUUCUCCGGUUAUUGUGUGAAUAAGAAGUCGUGGUGUAAGGCCAACCAAGUCGUGUAUCAACUAGCUUGGUCCAUUCCAACUUGUGUCUUGUUCAAACAAUUCAAAAUGUUUUCAAGCUGAGUUUCUUCCCAGGUAAAGUCAAAUCUCAAGAAAAAUCCUACGAGACUAGAAUUGCAUUUUACAUAACCCCAACUUUGAAGUUCAUUUGAGUUUAACAUGUUGCGUUUACCAUUUAAAAUAUCAUAACGUGUUUCGUUAACUUUUUUUAACGCAACCAUGUAUGAAUGUGGAUGGAUAUUUACUUGGAACUUCAAUUUGACAGUUUGCAUUUGUCAGGCUCUGAAAUUUUAGAGACUAUAUAUAAUUCAAUAAAUUUUGUUUUUAACUUAUGUUUAUGUACAUUAUCUUUUCAUAUUUUGAGAGUUUAUGUCAAUCUUUCACUUAUCUAGGUCAAUGACCAACAUCAUGCAUGUGUAUUAGCUUUUUGUUGUUGUUUUGCUAAGAAAGUAAAAAUUGAAAGUUGAGGUUUUACUAACAAAAUAUAAGAUUUCUAAGUUUGAUUCCACUGCAAAAAAGUGAAAACAUGGAAGUAAAUGUAAGAAAUAUAAGAUAUUGUCUCUUUUCAUACGCAUGGUAACAAACAUUACAAUCUUGAAGAACACGAACGAGAGAUUAAGCUGAGAGCGUUGAUAAAUCAAAUCUUUUGAAAAUUGUGAUUGAUUUGCUACAUAUAUAUUUUCUUCAACUAUAGUCAGCAACCAACGCUGCAGUAGACCUUACAAUCUAAAUGGUACAGAUCAAUAAAUAAAUAAAGUGUCGACCGCAUAGUUGUAAAGUGGGUGUACUGUGUACAUGACCUAACCAAAAUAUCAAAGCAAUCUAAACCGAAAUCAAAACUCGGUUUAGAGUGAAGCAGCUCGGACCAGGUCUUGUAACCCCAUGUGGACUUGGACAAACCGUGUCUUAGUGAAUUUUCUAUUACGAUAUCCUACACUUUGGUUCAAAAUGUUGAAAACCAUUUCUUUUUGUAGCACAGUCAAAGUCAAAGUUCUUAUGUGUGUCUACAUAAACAUAAGAUAGUGCGACGAAGCUUGCACAAGUCAAACCAUGAGACAUCUCAAGUACCCUAUAUAUAAGAGUCAUUAUCGAAUUAACAACACAUACAAACCAAAAAGACCCUACACUUGCUAACCAAUAGAAAGCUCAAUUUUGUUUUAUUUGGUCUCCCAUCCAAGAAAUAGAAAAAAAAAAUUAAGUAUCAUGAAGAGACAACUAGUGCUCGUAAUUAUCUUAGUUGUUAUUUUCCUUGUUGUCUUGGACGUUACGCAAGUUGAAGCCAUGAGGCCUUUCCCGGAGGCUGUCGAUGAGAUCAAACUACUGUUUCAAGCGCUUCAACGAGGUCCGGUCAGCGGCUCUGGUCCGAACGGUUGCACCAAUAUUCCCGGCGGUUCAGGGGAGUGCCACAACGGCUAAAGCUGCCAUACAAAUCUCCUUCGCCUUCAUCAUUAUUUGAUUCUUUUUUUUUCUUUCACAUUUAUGUGUUCCGUACAUAAUUACAUACACGUAACUAUAAGAUAGCUUUAGACUUGGUCUCAUAACAUCUUGAAUUGUAAUCUACGGAAGCUUAACUAGAAGCUACAAUUUUAGAAACAUAUGUAACAAUCAAAAAGUUUUUUGUUUAAUAAAAGGAAACUUUAUUGGACUUUUCAGCUUUGAAAGGUAGACAAUACAGUGAAUAGUUCAAGUUAUUUGACAUAUAUGAUUAUUUAUUGAUUCGGCUGUGUUUACUAAUAGUCCUGUACUCCUGUUACUAAUCGUACUCUUGUCAAAUGUAAAAAAGCUAGAAAGAGAACGUGUUAGGCGUGUUUACCUGUGUGAAACUGCUCUAUGUUCUGUAGCCAAGCAUCAAAUGCUUGUAGUAACGAUCCCGAAUGAUUCUCUGCCACCAAUAUUUGGUUGAGCUCCAAUAACUCAGCUGCAUUCGCUCUUGGA